AUGUCUUCCUCCUCUUCAACAAAGGACAUUGAUGUACCUUAUUUCAAAGGUGAAAAUUAUAAUCUUUGGGCAUUGAUGAUGAAGACUAUGUUCAGAUCAAAAGAUCUAUGGAAGCUAGUAGAAAAAGGCUUCAGUGAAGAAAGAGAUGCAACCAGAAUUAAUGAAAGUCUCAAGAAGGAUGCCAAGGCCAUGUAUUUGAUCCAGUGUGCCCUUGAUGCUAGAAUUCUGGUGAGGAUCUCUAAAGCAAAGACAACAAAGGAGGCAUGGGACAUUAUAAAAACAGAAUUUCAAGGAGACUCACACAAUUCAAAUUUACAACUUAAUGCACUUCAAAGAGAAUUUGAUGCCGUUAAGAUGAAGCAAGGAGAAAGUAUCCAAGACUUUGUAAGCAGGAUUUUGGAUAUUGUGUAUCAAAUUAGAGUGCUGAAGCAAGAUCUUCCUCAAAAGGCAGUGGUCUCUAAAAUACUCAGAAGCUUAACCCCCAGAUUUUCACAAGCAGUUCACUCAAUUAUUGAAGCUAAGGAUCUGAACUCUCUUACUGUUGAGCAACUAAGUGGCUCACUAAAGAACCAUGAAGCCAUACUCAAUAUAGAGGGUACUCACCUUGAAGGAGAAAAGGCUUUGCAUGCUGGUCGUGGCUCUGUGCACCACUUCGAUGGUCCCAACAGAGGUGGAAGAGGACGAGGCCGCUCCUUUUCCAAAGGAAGGGGACGUGGGAGUGGUAGAAGCAUUGAAGCUGGCAGUAUGGAGCCAGGUCGAGGAGGAGAGCCCAGCAAACACUACAAGAAUGUGCAAUGUUUCAUUUGUAAGAAGUUCAGUCAUGUUAAAUCUCAAUUCGUAGACGGAAAAGCUCUCAAAAUUAAAGGAACAGGGAGUGUAAUUCUCUAUUCAAGCAGAGGAAAGGUUACCACUUUGAAUAAUGUACACUUUGUCCCAAAUCUUGCUCACAAUUUGCUGAGCGUUGGACAAAUGAUGGAUUAUGGAUAUGAUGUUGAAUUCACUAAGGGUGUGUGCUACAUCAAAGAUACCGAAUCCAAGACAAAGGUGGCGCAAGUGUGUAUGACUACUCACAGACUCUUUCCUUUAGAAGCAAAUGAUGUUCUCUCUACAAGUAUCACAAAAGGUCCAGCAAGGAGAGCUGUAGUUCCCUGGGAACUUGUUCAUGCAGAUCUCAGGAAGCUGGAAACCUUUCAAAAAUUCAAGCAAUUCAGGUUGUUAGUGGAGACACAAGUCUCUCUUCCGAUUAAGGUGCUGCGAACUGACCGUGGGGGAGGAUUCAUGUCUAAGGAAUUUGAAGAAUACUGCAUUGAUACUGGGAUUCAUUGUCAAUUGUCCGCUCCUCAGACGCCGCAGCAGAAUGGUGUCGCCGAGCGCAAGAAUCGGACUAUCACGGAGACGGCACGCACUCUGUUAAAGCAGAUGAAGAUGCCACCGGAAUAUUGGGUAGAAGCAGUUGCCACCGCCGUCUACAUUCACAAUCACUCACCUACUUCAGCUGUGAAGCUUCAGACGCCAUUGGAAGCACUGACUGGAGAAAAACAAAAUAUAGAGCAUUUCAGGAGAACUAAAUUCGAUUCCAGGUCAAGAGCGGGAGUGUUUAUUAGCUACAGCUGGAACUCAAGAGCCUAUAAAAUCAUGGACCCAGAUUCUGAGCGCGUACACGUUAGCAGGAAUGUGCGCUUUUUCGAAGAAAAGCAAUGGGAUUGGCUAAAACGAGGUGACUCAAAUGCAUCAAAUUAUGAGCCAGUACGUGAUAAAGGUGUGACUCAAGUUAACAAUGAUCUUGUUCAAUCCACACCGUUCGAUCAGAUCUAUGAACGCCAAGAUGAUCAUCUUCUAAAUCAUUCAUCUUCUUCAAAUGAACAAAUGGCCACCGGAGAAGAUGGUGGUACUCCGACGAGGUAUCGAAAACUCACUGAUAUUUACAAUUAUUGUUCUUUUGCGCUUACAGCUGGCGAUCCUAUCUUCUAUGAAGACCCUGCAAAGAGCAGUGAAUGGAUUGCAGCUAUGAAAGAAGAGAUGGAAGCAAUUAACAGAAAUCAAACAUGGAGCUAG